AUGGGCUCAAGGGCCAAAGUACUGCUUGAAACUGGUUGUAUAGACAUCCUGGCCCGGGCACACCGCACCGGUUGGACGGCGUUACACUCGGCCGUUCACUUGUGCCUGCCCAAUCUGGUCCGUGUUCUGCUGCUUCACCCGUUCACGUCUCCCAUUCACCAACCGCAUGCCGACGAGACGGCUCGCUCGGUUGCUCUCGUCCGAGCUCGUCUCUUGAUCAACUCCACCACCGAGGCAGACUGGCCCGUCUCGGGCGCCGCGUCUUCCACACUCAGGAUCCCGGUCUCGGCCUACCUGAAGGCCGAUUCUCCCGAUUCCACCGUCCCUUUCGACGACCGAUCGGCUUCCGGACCAGUUUCUGCCCUUUCCUCCUCCUUUCCUCCUCCUCCUGCGCAGAGUUCGACAAGCAAGGUUGACUCACUCCUGACUUCCGCUGCGGCGUCUGCGGGAACUCUCAUUUCGCUGAACUCGUCAGCGGCCGGCGCGAAAUCCGAUGGCCUCGAGGAAUACGAGGCCAGCGACCUUUCAGAUUCGGUUGCCGGUAGGAAGACGGCCUUGGAGAUGUCGUUUGCUCAAAGCUUGGCCAAUCCGUGUCCCGAGAGCCUGGCCACUUUGCACGCUCUGCUGGAGGCAGCGGAUAUGCUCGAUCGGGUGGAGCACGAACUGGUGGCCGACUGCAGUGGCACCGGCACCGGCACCGACACCGGCAGCGGCGAGGCUACCGGUUUUGGUGCUCCCGAGACUCCUGGCGACGGGGACGGAGGAGUCGGGACACGAUUGAGCACAAGCGAUAGCACUCACUCGGGUGCUUCUCGGCUAUGCCGAAUGACGAUGGACGGCGACCGGGCGCCCGACACAGUGUUGCACAGAGCUGUGCUGGCUGGCUGGUGA